CCAUCAUGGCGGAUCAGUUGGUUGGCUAACAUAAACGGUUAGCAUAUUCAGCGAUUCUUUGGUCCUGCACAGUUUGGGACCGCAGCCAUCUGGCAUUUUCUACAAAGGAACUGCAGCCACCGUACAUAAACUGGUGCUAAGUGAGGGAGCAGCACAUCAGUGACAUUAAGACGGCCUUUUACGAAAUCAGGGGCACCAGCACAAUGGAAUGUGCAGCAGACAUCCCGUCAGGUGAGGAUGAGGCACCUGAGAAAGAUGACAUGAACGCCAAGGAAGGGACCGAGCCACCCCAUAAGAAAAACAAGAAGCACAGAAAACACAAGAGCAAGAAGAAGAAGAGGAGGAGGAAGGGGGAAAAGGAGAGCAGUUCAGAAUCUGGUGCUGAGUCUGAUGUAGAACCACCACCGCCACCAAGGCCUGUCCGGACCACCAGAGCCAGUGCCAGACUGGCAGCAGCCGCCGGGGCAGGAGAUCAUGCUGGAUUGAAGGAUGAGGGUAAAAAUGAUGUAAUUACAGAUCGUGUGGACACGGAGGUAGACUCAAAAUCCAAAAAACACAAAAGACAUACUGCCAAGAAGAAGAAGAAAAAGAAGAAGAAAGAUGAAAAGCAGGAGAAGAAAUCCCCAUCUCGAUCCCCAUCUGAAAGCAGCUCAGCUUCAGGUUCUGAGUCUGAAGGUGAAGGAGGGAAAGGAGCUGGCGAUGGCAAAUAUUCUCCACUUGCAGCAUCUGACCUGCAAGAACCAGUAUCCAAACUGUGUUCAAAAAGCAAAAGAGGUGAAGAGAAGGGGGUUCCUAUCCUCAUGCAGAAACCUGAGUUGCUUGAAGUGAAGAAAGAGGAGAGUUCAAAUAUGGAUGUGUCCCCAACUGGAGGGAGGGGCAGUAACACGAAUGGAUCAGAAAAGGAUAUGAGGUCGCCCACUGCAGGUCAAGAUGAGAUAACACAGACAGCAACAGUUAGGGUUAAGACAGAGGGUGGUCAUGGAGAUGGUACGUUCAGCCAUGCCCAGGAACUCCCUGACAUCAUCCCUAAACAGGAGGGUGCUACCCCAAGAGAUGACCCAGGCCUGAAAGAUCAGGCCAAUUCAGUUCAGAGGGCAAAGGUCAAGGAACACGAUACAUCCAGGUCCAGGUCUUCUUCUCCUUCCAGGGGCCUAGACAUUAAGAGGUCUGGGUCAAGUCAUAGUCAGUCACCAACACCCAGUCCCAGUAGGCAGCAGUUUGGUAGUCAAACCGCAAUAGCAACGAAAGAACGGUCAAGAACCCAUUCCAGGUCAACCUCAAAGGGAAAACGGUCUGCAACUCCCCUAAAGAGUCAGAAGCUAUCCCACUCUCAGUCCCCUAAAUCUAGGAGGAAGUCGCUCUCCCCGUCGCUCAAGUCUCCCAAGAGAGCAAGCUGUCCGUCCCGGUCCACCUCUCGUUCCCUCACCCCCAAGAAGAAGGUGUUAAAAUCUCCAAGGAAGUCCAGGUCUCCUAAAAGGCGGAGAAAUUCCUUGUCUGUUUCCCCAAAGCGGCGCAGGAGUCCCCCCUCUCCUAAAAGAAAGAUGUCACGAUCCCCUAAACGUGGUGGGCGCAGAUCCCCUUCUCUAUCGCGGUCUCCAAGGAGAAGUCGAAGGUCAGAGUCACGUUCUCGUGGAGGCACAAGGCAGUCUAGGACGCGCUCACCGAGACGGGGUGGUGCAGGUGGCAGGCGUUCACGGUCACGCUCCGCCACUAGAACUCGCCGCUCCUGCUCUAGAUCCAGACGGCCUGUUCGUCGCUCCAGAUCACGAACACCCACAAGACGUGCAGGGGGUAGGCGCUCCAGGAGUCGAUCCCUGUCUCGACGUAGGCGGUCACCACCGCCCAGAUCUCGCCGCUCACGCUCCCGGUCGAUCCGCAGGAGCAGGCGGACUCGGUCACGUUCCAUAGUAGUCCUUAAGCGCAGUCGUCGCUCCAGAUCGAGGAGUCCCCGCAAACGGACCAAAUCCAGAACCCCUCCCCCCAGGCGGCGGUCUAAAUCCAGGUCACCAGUCAGAAGGCGCUCUCGGUCCCCUGCCAGGAGAAGUCGUUCUCCACCAAGGUUUGGCAAACGUUCCAAAUCCCGCUCAUUGUCUCGAAGGCACCGGUCAAAGUCACACUCACCACUGCCUGGCAAGAAGAGGUCUAAAUCUCCCAAGAAGAGUGGCAGAAGGUCAAAAUCUAAAUCUGUUUCUCCAGGCUUGAACAGAUCUAAGUCCAGGUCCAGAUCUGAGUCAAGUGAUGGGAGAUCUGACAGCUCUUCUCCAGCCAGAUCCACAUCUUCCUCUCCUGUUAAAGCAAAGAAGCCUUCUCCAAAAGUAGAGCAGACAGCUGGAGAAAGUGGAGGACCAGCUACAGCAGGUGGUUGGAAACCCGUGCCCUCAGCAGCUGCCUGCAGCCCACAGGCUGGGAGCUCCUCCGAUAUAUUGCAGGAGCAGCUUGCUCCGAACCAUGCCAAGGAGCAGAGGGAGCCUAACAGUUCGUCCAAUGAACAAGAUGCUCCCAGGUCCAGGUCUGGUUCCCAAGAACCUAAUCCAGAUGGAUCGGAUUGUUCCGAAGUCUCAGAUGAAGAAGAGGAUUCUUCCUCUCCAGUUAAAAUUACAUCUAAACGCCAGAGAAGCUCCUCAGUUUCAGCAUCUCCAGAAGUGCAGAAGAAGCAGUUGUCCAAGUCACGGUCACCUACGGAUCGCAGGAAACUUUCACGCUCAACUUCAUCACCUCGACGAUCAACAUCCAAGUCUACAUCCAGAAGGAAGCAGUCUAGGUCCAAGUCUCCAGUAAGGAAAAGAGAAUCUGUCUCUCCAUCCGAAAGGAAGAAGCGACGGUCUAAAUCUCCUGCUCGGCGGCGGCGGUCACACUCGCGAUCACGGCGUAAGCGUUCGGGCUCCAAGUCGAGAACCAGAAUCCGCCGAUCCAAGUCUCGCACUCCAGCCCGCAAGAGGCGAUCCCGAACCCGUUCACCCAACACCCGGGGGAGGAGGAGAUCCAAGUCCACAGACAGGAGCAAGCGAUCCAAGAGCCGCUCCACGGGGCGCAGGAAACGGUCCAGGUCAGGAGAGAGAAGCAGGCGAUCUAGGUCUCGUUCCUCAGAUCGUAGACGGAGGUCUAGGUCUAGAGGUCGAGGGAGGCGCCCAGUGUUUCGCAGUCGCUCAUUUGACAGACGGGACAGGUGGAAGAGGGAACCGAGUCACUCUCCAGUUCUCAUCCUGCGUAAACAGCGCCGCUCAGGGUCCCGGACACGGCGCAGCACCAGCAAGACUCCUCCACGGCUCACUGAACUAGACAAGGACCAGCUCCUGGAGAUAGCUAAGGCUAACGCUGCUGCCAUGUGCGCUAAGGCUGGGGUUCCCAUUCCUGAGAGUCUUCGGCCAAAAGCCAUCCUCCAGCUCCCUCUACCCACUCCAUCUCCCACCCCUCUCUCCUUACCUCUACCUUUACCUCUCCCAAUGGGCAUGGGGAUGCCCAACAUGCCGAAUAUGCCCAACAUGGGUCCAAUGGGGAUACCCAAUAUUCCGGGGAUGCCCAGCAUGUCAAACAUCACCAUGAGUGCUGCCAUGGCAAGUAUGACAGCAGCUACUAUGACAGCUGCCCUGACCAACAUGGGUGCCCUGGCGGCCAUGCCUCCCCUUGCCCCACUCCCUACCAUUACUAACAAGCCUCCCCCAUGCCUCGCCCCCCCAACACCAACCCUUAACCUGGACCACAUCGAGGAAGCAAAGAGGAAGGUCACUCAGCAGGCCAACAUACACACCAUCAAGGAGCUUACCGAGAAGUGUAAGAUGAUUGCAAAUAGCAAGGAGGAGAUGGCCAUUGCCAAACCCCAUGUCUCAGAUGAUGAAAGCUAAAACCGCCAAGCCCUCACGCCACUCUCAUCAAAGGACUGAAGGAAAAUGUAAAAAAAGACGCUUUAUAGGUUGGACCUACCUUUACAUAGUUACCUUUGGCUGCCAGAUAUUUUGACUGAGCCUCCUAAACAACAAAGAAGAAGAAGAGCACCCUAAUUGUCACAGUUACUAUGUAGGAGCACCGGCACCAGCCACUGCCCCACUCAGCUCCCCAGUUUGUUUCUGUUUAGUGUGAGAGCGUGUCACCUGUGAUACCAGUGAGAAAAAAACUGGACAGUGAGUCUGUGUGUGAACUGUGUGCGGGUGCAUAGUGACUUUCACCACCAACCCAUCAGUGUCACUGCUUCUUCAAGCAGUCACUGUUGUAAAGACUGAAUAGGAAACAAACCAAACUAGUGGCUCAAGUGUUUUUGUAUAAGAUUAGUUUCUCUAAAUUUGUUUUACUUUUAUGCUUUCUUAAAGGAUUGUGUUGAGUGGAAAUUGCUUCCUUGUUCUGCUGUAUUCCCUUGGUUACCUCUAAUCCCUGGUUUUAUAAACAAAUAAUGCAGACAAAGUUUUGGUAGAUCCACACGUGUGAUUUGUUUUCAUAAGUCUGGGCCUCCAGGGAAAGGGAGUGUCAACAUGUCAUGAGUCCUGGAACAGGAUGCCAGAUCUGAUUAUUUUGAAGGAAGAGAAUAAAUGAGUAUAUUGUCUGUAAAAAGAAGGUUUGAAUUUUGGCUACAACAAAGAUUAUCAUCUCCAUUCAAAAAAAACAAAAACAAAAAACAUUACCAAUUCAGUUAUUACUGCCCUGGGUGUGACUUUCUUCACCUCUAUUUUAAAUGACACCAAGCUCAUCUUUGACUCUAACCUAAGUCCUGUUGGGAUUUCUUCUAACUAGGAAAUACAUUUGAUGUAGAUUUGAAUGGACAUUUCAUCUGCCACAAUUUUUGAACACCAGCAUCUUAACAUGUGUUGUUCUGCUCUUUGCAGAAAACCGUAAGAUAUAAUUUAACAUGCACAGAAAGCAUAUCAUAAAUUAUUUGCUGGGAAUUGCUGUGAUGCCAUUUUAAAACUAGAAGAAACAUUUGAACGGUCAUUUGUCAUCUGGGUUUAACUUUCAGAGCAAGAGUCAUUUGAAAGCAAUGCUGGUUGUUGUCUGUCCUGGACUGUCCACAGUACCUAUCAUAAUACUUGAGACUGGUGGUAAACACCCACAUUCAGAUCACAAACAAGAUCUGGUUGACUGGUCCUUGAACCACCAAGUUUAAGCCAUAUCAUUCUAACAUUUUUUUUUGUUUCCCUGAUAAGGAACAGGUGGGAUGAAAAUGCAAAUUCUUUUAAACAUCAUGCUUUAAAUGGGGGUAAUUAUUACUUGUUAAGAAGAACAUUACUGCUUCACCGUGUGACAGAUUACAUGAUUAAAAUUGAAUACAUUUUACAGAGGCUUUUGUCUUUCUGUUAGGCAGUUUAUUAAUACAUACAUUCUAGUGGUGUCAUUUUCUUAGAGGCUCACAUGAAGAACAAAAUUCAUGUUAUUACACUUGGGUGACAAAUGACUUGUAGUGGUUAUAGGGUUGACUGUAGAAAGUUGAGUAUGUCUCGAGCUGUGACACUUAAAUGUUUUUGUGUGUUAGACAAUCAGGUUCUUUGUCUCAAAUUGCUUUGUUUUUUUUAUUUUUUUUUUUAAAGAAAGGAUUGUAAUCACAAGGAACUUGAUCAUCUUGAGGCAUUGUAUUCAGGUGGCAAAUAGAGAAUUGUUAUAGAGAACACAACAUGUAGUAAUGUGCGAACAUAAUGAAAAACCCAACAAGCUCUUUUCCUUUAAUCCACUGAUAGAACUGAUAUCUUCUUUACCUGUAGAUACUGGUACACUGACCUGUUAGGUCCUUUGUGUUGAGUUAACAGGGUGAGUUAAGCUGAGUAAACAGGGUCCAUGUUUCACUGUAAGCACGUGUCCCAUUGGAUGACAGAAUAAUGAAGACGAACUUAAACUGGCAAGGAUCAAGUUUUUCUGGUUUUUACAGAUUCUUGCACCUAUAACUUGCAUUUUAUUUUUAGCGGAGAAGGAAAUAAUUCUGCAUCCAUCCUCCCAUGUCAUUUUUCUAUACCCAGGGCUGUUUAACUGUGGAAGAUGAUCUGUGACCCUUUUGUCAAAACUGUAACUUUACUGAUUCUGUACCAAAAGUGUUUAACCGUUGAAUUGAUUCCCCGGGGAAAUCUUUAACUGUUUUAAUGACAAGAAAAGAAGAAAAUUAAUUUUAGGAUUUUUUUUUGGUCAUUUGAAAAUGACAUCGCUUGCUUUGUACAUAAAUGUGUUGAUGAUAAUUAAAAAACUCAAUAAUC